UUAUAACCAAUUAAAAUGUCAACCUCAACAGGUCUGGGAACUUACUAAAGGUGCUUUAAAUUAAACAUACCUUUCUGUCUUUCUUACCUGAAAACAGAGUCACAGAGUGUUGGUGUUCACAGUCAGUAAUGAAGGAGACACUUUCUGGUUUUUCCCCUGAAGAAUGUAUUUGGCCCUCCAAGGAUCUGAUGUUGUGUCUCCCCUGGGAACAUGAACCACACUUGCAGCUCUCCGGCAACAAACCUUACCACGGACCCUCUCGGGGGUCAUCAGGUGUGGGAGGUGGUUCUGAUUGUCCUUGUGACUGGACCUCUUUCCUUAAUUACCAUCCUGGGCAACUCCCUGGUGGUCAUCUCCAUCCGAGUCAACAGUCAGCUACAGACUAUCAGUAACUACUUUCUUUUAAGUCUAGCAGUGGCAGACUUGAUCUUGGGUACGGUGUCAAUGAACCUAUAUGCUGUAUACAUAAUCAUGGGCCGCUGGACAUUAGGACAUUUAGCUUGUGAUCUGUGGUUGACACUUGACUACGUAGUGAGCAACGCCUCGGUAAUGAACCUGCUGGUGAUAAGCUUUGACAGAUAUUUCUCAGUCACGCGACCACUGACUUAUCGGACAAAGCGAACUCCGAGGACAGCAGUGGUAUUGAUCGCUGUAGCAUGGGUGGUAUCGUUUGUGCUAUGGGGGCCAGUUAUCUUGUUUUGGCCUCAUGUAAUGGGACGACCGUCGGGAGCUGAAGCUCAGACCUGUUCCAUCCCGUUCUUGAAGGUACCUCCACUAACAUACGGUACGGCCAUCGCUGCGUUCUACCUACCCGUCAGCAUCAUGAUCAUUCUGUACUGGCAAAUUUACUGGGAAAUUGAGAACAGAGCGAAAGGACUUGCUAGUUUGGUUGGGUCUGUGAAAAGCACUAAAGGUGUUCUGGAUGGGUUGGACAAACAAUCAAUGCUCCAAACCAGUACCAAGAGUAACUUGAGUCGCUCAAAGGAAGACAAUUCCAUAAAGGGACAAGGCUUUGCCAAAGGAAUGUCAGUUGGGUGUUUCAAAACCACGAGAAAAAAAACGGCAGCAAUUUUGCAGAAGUCAGCUCAUGAGAGUUGCAACAGCAGCUGGAACAUUGAAGAUCAGGAUGAUAGCACCUUGUCUUCUUCCACAGACGAGGAACAUGAGCAGAACAACAAGACAAAAGCACCUUCCUCCAAUCCAGCAGCAAUUAGGUUGAAGGACCUGCAAAGUAGAUCAGGGGAUACCAAGCGCGUGCAAGACCAAUUCAACUCAUCCGCUGAGCAUCCCACCAGACAGUUCCACUUAAAAACAACAAGAAAGUCAGAACAAAGCAUUUGCCACCAGCUCAGAGCAAAACAUCGCAUCAGUGCGAUCAUUAAAGAAAAAAAAGCAGCCCGGACGCUAAGCGCCAUCUUGUUGGCUUUCAUCCUCACGUGGACGCCAUACAACAUCAUGGUUUUAGCUUCCAUUUCCUACUGCGUUCCUGAAAAACUCUGGCAGUUGGGAUACUGGCUGUGCUACGUAAACAGCACUGUCAACCCCAUGUGCUACGCCCUCUGCAAUGAGUCCUUCCGGGUCACCUUCAAGGCUCUGCUACUUUGUCGGCGUGGAGAUAAACGAAAGUGGGACACAAACAGCUGGAAUCGCCAUGCCUCUGUGAGGCACAAUAAGUCUUAUGCAGUGUAAUUUUUCCCUUUUUUACUGUUCGUCAUUCCGUGGUAUGGGUGCCUUUAAUUGAUCAAAGAUCAGGAUACAGUGCCUCAAUUGGCAGAGAAUAGUUUACUAAGGAACAACAUAGGGUUUGUUUUAACUCUGAAUAGGCCUGAAUCAACUUUUAUAAUUACAUUUCUGUGCGUCUCUGCUUUUACACAAUUUGAAUCUUGUCAGACACUAAUGAGAAGUCAUUCCUUAACCUGGUGGUCAUAAUUCUUUGGCUACGUCAAAAUAAUUUUUGGCCAUUUUCAUUGUGCUUAUUAAAUGGUACUUUUGAAAAAUUUGCAUGAAAUAUAUAUUUUGUCAAUAAUUCAUAUUUUCAUAAAUACACAGAAAUAUGUUUAGAGCAAUUGUUCUCAUUCACAGGGCCUCAGGAGGUCUUAGAAUUGUAGUUUAUUGUAAAGAUGUAGUCUCUUUUUUAUUAAACACUUGAACUCAUACCCAAACUUCUGGAAUUGUAAAAUUUAAUUACAUUUAUUUUAGCUUUGUAUUUUUUUAUCUAUGCACAAUCCUAAUUUCUGUAAAUCAAAAAGGUGGUGUACCUAUUUAAAUAGACACUGAACAAGCAAACAUAAGUGAUGAACAGUAUACUCUAAACAAAACAUGUAUGGUUUGUGAAGGCUUUAUUUUUCUAGAAAAAACAAAAAACAAAAUGAAUCCCCCAAAAGCAACCUAACAAACAACACAAAUAAAAAAGGGCUAAAAACAAAACAAUAAAUGGCCACUUUCUCUCUAGAUAAACUGUGUAGUUUUUAGAAAGAUUCAGGUAAACCGUUAUAUUUGUUAUAUUUUAAUAAUAGUUAGUUGGCUGAUGCCAUAAAGCUAAAUGAUCAAAUAUCCCAUAAUCCUUUACUAUGCCUGCACUGUGAGAGUACAACAGAGUGAGUUUAAGCUAAAUGUUGUGCGUAUGUAUAAACAACCAUGUAAGGUAAACAUGCAGUAACUAAAUUGCGAAUGAAAAAUAAAACAACGAUAAGAUCCUGUACAUGUUAUGAAUGAGCACUUAUUAAUGUAUCAGCACCUGAUAUAAGCCUAAACCUUUAUGGAGGUCUGCCGUUAUACUGAAACUGAAGACUUACAGAGUAUACAGAACUCAUCUCAGGUCAAUUCAUUUCUUCAUUCAGUAUACAUUCACGAAGAACAGGGUUGAAAGAGCCAGCUGCAUAGACUGCUCAAGAUUUAUUCUUUAAACAAAGGAAGUUUUGGCUGGAUUGCGAAAUGGCAAUAGAAGACAGGAAAAUAGGGGAACAUUUGAAGCAGGCUGUAUAUCUGCCUCAGCUUGCUCUAGGAAGUCAAACUAAGCUCUGGCAAAUUUAGCAAUACUUGCACAUCUGUGUUGUAUUGAAUUUAGGAAGGAACAACCUUCCUUCACUACUAGAGGUCAAUCCUAUAAGUUAAAGGGACAUUUACUCACCCUCAUGCUGUUCCAAACCUGGCUUAUGACUUAAUUUCUUCUGUGAAUAACAAAAGAUAUUUUGAAGAAUGUUGAGAAGUAGGUUUUUUUUGUUGUUUUUUUGGUCUACAAAAUGAAGUCAAUCGUCCUCAAAACAUUCCUCAAAUUAAUUCUUUUAUGUUCUACAAAAAAAGUCAUGCAGUUUUAAGAGUAAAUGACAAUAAUUUCAUUUUUGCCAUCCCUUUAAAGGACGACUAAUUUAUCCAAUUUUCUUAAAAGGGAUUUAGAUGAAAUGGCACACAUCUGAUGCCAUGAAGCACCAAUAAAGACUGCAGAUUAAAUAACUGAAAGUAAACUUUCAGUAAAAAAACUGUGAAAUAUAUUUAACAGAUAACCAAGUCUGUGACACUCACAAAGUCCUCUGGCAUCUCUUUUCAUCAGUGGUGGUUUGUGGGUAUAAAUGUUUGUUGUUGUUUUUUCCCUAGAAAAAUUACUUGUGUAAAUGUGUCAACAGUAGACAUCCAGAGGCAGAGCUUUUUGUUUUUGAGUGCCAGAAGAACCUUUGCUCAGUCCAACCAAUUGGCAAUUUAAUAUUCAUCUGAUAAAUGAAUACAUAUGAGUAAAAUGCCUAUGUGAUAUAUGUAUGGCUGUAAUCAAUGAAAUGUCAUCACAGUAAACAUGAUAAUUAUGGCAUUAAA